CUUGAAAAGUGAACAGUUAGGCCAGGAACUUCCAAUUGUACCACAGACACAGUAGCCGAAGCAACUGCGAGGACCAUGUUGCCAGCAGUUCUCACCAUUUUCUAUACGUAGCAGAGAAGGGGUGAUGUAGUACUGUCGCACUUGCUGUUCUCAGGCCUGUUGGUAAAGGAGUAUUUUGCUUGCUUAGCGCAUAAUCGGAAAUAAAAUAAACUUCUUGCUAUGAGGUGGCAUGGAAACAUCCUUGUUAUGAUAGUCUUUUUGAAUUUCUUGUGGAUUAAUCAGCGACCCACUUAGAAAGUCUGCAUAUGAAGAACUGUGUAAUGGCUUUAAAACUAUAGUGGUUCCACAGGAUGCAUCGUAAUUUUCCUUCAGCGUUUUGUAUGCCCCUGAUUUGCACUCAGUUAGUAAGCCCUAUGACUUCAACUUAGGGCAGAGUGUAAUUGAUCAAAAUCUUGGAAGUUGAUGGAGUAUAACACAAAAAUACCUCAAGGUGUUUUGCUUGACAGGCAGGUGCUAUUGUUGACAUGGCUGCAGUUUCCUCAAAGACAGUGCCUGCCUUUUUGGAUGAAAGUGUUACUUGACGCAGCUCAGAUACUAGGGAAGGACUGUGAUAUUUAUUUUUAUUUUUUUUUGUCCUCAACUUUAGUGGAGACUUCCAGUAUUUUUGUUUUGUUUCCCUUGUCUUUGUGCUUCUGGAGAGCUAUAAGUGGGACUACUUGUCUGCUGUGUGAAGAUCUGUAAAAGAAAAAAUAUGGUUUACUUCCUUUUUUAACUUAACAUAUAGUAGUAGUGCUCUUCCUGGAAGAGGUCUCAUUUGGAACUGGCUGAUGAACCACAUCUGGUGCUACUGAAGCCUUCAGGAUUUGACUUAGUGGGUAUGAUGCCUUAGUUCAGUUCCUGUUAUUUCAGAGUGCAUUGUGCCUGACUCCUGUGCCACCAGUAGCUGUUACUGAGCAUUGUCAUCUUACACAGAAGGCAGAUGGUGUCUGUAACUUGAAGAUGGUAUUUCAUGAGCUGUUGUAGAAGACUUGAGAGCCAGAGGUCACUGGAGCUGGUGGCCCAUGAGUUGGUGCAAGAGAGCCUGUGUGGUCAUGGCCUGAUUAUCACUAGAGGGAGCUGGUGGAAGUCGUGGGGCUUUCUGUCUUCCAAGCACUUGCAGAAAGUCCUGUGGGCAGGAUCUGACCACUAAGGAGAUGGCUAUGGAAUGGAUGUGUGUGUAAUUCUGCGGCAUUAACUUCCAUGUUUAGGUGCACUGGUGGCAUGAAUACUUUUAGCUGUAAUUAUAGUUCAAAGGAAUAUAAAACUCCUAAUUCAUGAACUUAGGUCUUGCCCCACCCUCCAAACCAAGCUGCAGUUCAUGAGAAUGGCAACCACAUACAUGAUUUAGAAGGACCUUGCAAAAGCAGCAGCCACAGCAAAGCAUUGUAUGUCAUACACGCACCAUCUGGCAGACAGGUAUCUUGUAUGUCUACACAGAAUACGGUCUCAGUUGUAUUGUUCCAGUGCGUUUCCUUAAAAAAAGGCUAACAAUUAACUAGAACGUGAUCAGUGUUAAAUGAUAUUUUUCUCCUGCUUUUCUCUAUUAAAUGUUGCUCAGAUUAAAAGGGAUCUUCUGUAGUCUGAUUUAUUCUUUAACUGUAGUUUUUAAUUUUUUUUUUUUGUAAUUAACAUUCUGCUAUUAAAAACAUGUGCUACAUUUAUAUAACAUUUUUGAGGUCUUGAUGUGCCUGGUGGAGGAACAUGACCAUGAAAUAGUUGGCUAUAUGAUUGACAGCCAUGUUAAGGACCAAAUGGUAGCAAAAUUUCAGUGCACUGAGUGUAUAUUGUUAAAUGAAUUUCAGAGUUCCAAUUUAAAUGAUGAUAACAGACGUUGAUGGAAGGGUGGGAGUGUGGUUUAGGAAAUCAUCUUUCAAGACUUUCGUGGUCAUGUCUGAUUUUCUCUUCGGAUUGUGAUAUAUGUGAAACAGUUACUACUGAUACUGAAAGAUUUGCAAGCAAAUACAGUGUGCUGCAAUAUCAGUCAUGAUGGCACGGAAGACACAUUAAUUUUAAACACUAAAUUUCACAUUUUACUGCUAUGGAAUCAAUACAUGGACUGUUCCUAGCCAAGCAGUAGUUGUGAGAUCAUUCAGCAAGAAUGAUUUUAAAAGUUUUUAACUGGCAUGAACUUACUAAUGGCUAAUUCCAGAGACAAGACGGCAUGAACAAUGCAUGAGGCAUAUGCUAGUGAAACAAAAUGGGCAAUGAAAUUUGUUCCUUUCCUUUUCUUUCCUUUCCUUCUUCUUGACCCUACAGAUCUAAAAUAUAUAUGGUAUGAUAGAGGUAAAUUUUUUUUUCCCCCUCUAGAUUAGAGGUAAGUAGAAAACUACUCACGGGAUCACUAUGAGAAACACAAAGAGGUAUGAUGGUUGGCUUUUGCUGCACAAGAGCCGAAGACAUAACCAUGAUAAUUUUUAUUGCAUGUUUUAUUCUCUGAAGUGUCAGAAUUAGAUGUCUUCUACUGAAUGUCUGUUUUAUGCAUAUUGCUACAGGGGAGAGGAGCCACAAGAGUGGCAUUUCAAGCCUCAAGACAGUCUGUUCAUCAUACAGUGCUACACAGAGAUAGGCUGUGUCUCACCAAAGAUGUCAUGCAGUUACCACACCCUGCUAGUGCUUCCACAAGAGGCAUCAGAGCUACAGGAACAGUCCUGUGAGAGAGAAAUAGUGGAGUUUCCCAUGGGUGAUGGGAAAGCACCUGUGCUCAUUCCAGCUGCAGUAUUCAUUGGGCUUCACAAUGACAACUGCUGUGGGUGCUUUGGCCAUGAGGACUGUGGGAAAAGCUGUGUGAUGCUCUCCUCAGUUUUGGCAGCCUUUGUUGGGAUCCUUGGUUCUGGAUACUGCAUAAUCAUUUCAGCACUGGGAUUGUCUCAUGGACCAUAUUGUUUUACUCACCUAGAAAGAAACUGGAUCUAUCCUUUCACUGAGUCUUCUGGAGGGUACUUGUUUGAGUAUAAAAAGUGGGCUGACUGUCUAGAACCUCAAAACAUUGUGCAGUGGAACGUCACCCUCUUUUCCAUCCUUCUUGUCUUGGGAGGAAUAGAGUUCAUUCUGUGCUUCAUACAGAUUAUCAAUGCCAUUCUUGGAGGACUAUGUGGGUUGUGCUGCAGUCAUGAGGAGACAUACGUUUGCUAGAAACCUGGCAAUUCAUUGACAUCGGUGUAUGUGUGGUAUAUUGAUUAUUCUGUGGUUGGUUGGUUUCUGGUUGGUUUUCUAUUAUUAUUCCAUGCAUACUAAAACGCACAGUUUGCUGUCAAACUGUGCUGUUGACAUCAAUUUAACUGACUUGGGGCCAGCCUUUGUCUCAGUCAUACACAGGUUUUCUACUAACCUGCCUGUAUCUAAAGGUAAAAUGUAUCCUGAAUUUCUUUGGUUCAUCUUAGUAUAGGCAACUGCCUAAACACAUCACUAAAGAUGCUUUUUUUUUUUUUUUUUUUAACUUUCUACUGACACAACACAUUACAGCUCGGUAUUUUAUGCUGCUUUCCCUAUGAAGCUGCACUUUCAUUCUGAUGUUGGAAUGAGCACAAACCCAUUCUAAUCUGGCCCUGAUAUAAAUGAAUACUCUGCUACAGCAAAAACAAAGCAGCAGUAAAAUGUGGAUGAUCAAGGGCAGAUACAUGUACUUCACCUUUUCAGGAUUUUUCUGAGCCUCUCCUGUAUUUCACAAAUAAAGAUUUGUAUUAAAAAUA